AUGGCUGAUAAGUCCAAAUUCAUUGACUACAUUGAUGAAGCUCUGGAGAAGUCAAAGGAAACAGCACUGUCUCGCUUAUUAUUUACCUAUCAGGGGAUUCCUUACCCCAUCACCAUGUGCACCUUGGAAACAUUCCAGGCCUUGGACACCUUUGAAGCCAGAAGUGAUGACAUAGUGCUGGCAUCUUACCCCAAGUGUGGUUCCAAUUGGCUUCUCUAUAUUGUUAGUGAAUUAAUAUUUACUGUUACAAAAAAGAAGCAUGAAUAUCCAGAAUUCCCAGUUCUUGAAUGUGGUGACCCAGAAAAAUAUCAGAGAAUGAAACAAUUUCCAUCACCAAGGAUUUUGGCAACUCAUCUGCAUUAUGACAAACUACCUGAGUCCAUCUUCAAGAAUAAAGUCAAGAUAUUAGUGUUAUUUCGAAAUCCUAAAGACACAGCAGUAUCUUUUUUCCAUUUUCACAAUGAUGUUCCUGAUAUUCCAAGCUAUGGCUCCUGGGAUGAAUUCUUCAAACAGUUCAUGAAAGGUCAAGUUUCUUGGGGAAGUUAUUUUGAUUUUGCCAUCAAUUGGAAUAAACAUAUUGAGGAUGCAAAUGUUAAAUGCAUAUUAUAUGAAGACUUGAAAGAGAAUUUGGCCUCUGGAAUAAAACAAAUCGCUGAGUUCUUUGGAUUCUCGCUAACCGGGGAGCAGAUCGACACCAUCUCGGCCCUCAGCACCUUUGAAGCGAUGCGUGCAAGGUCUCAGGUCACCCACGGUGCGGUGGGCCCGUUCCUGUUCCGCAAAGGCAAAGUUGGUGACUGGAGGAAUUUAUUUCAUCAAAGUCAGAACCAGGAAAUGGAUGAAAAAUUCGAAGCGUGCUUAGCAGGCACUUCUGUAGGAGUCAAGCUGAAAUACAAUUCAUAUUGUCAGGCUUGA